UUCACAUGCCAAACACAAAUAAAAGACAAAUAAGAUUUACAUGUCUUUGUAGACGCCACAUGUUCUACUCAGAUCUAGUUCUAUUAACUCCUAUCAGUAUACCAGCAUGUCCCGUGUAUUCACCCUCUUAUUGGCGGUACUGACCGUCCCUGGUGUCUUCACCAUGGUGCAUUCUGACCGCCAUCAGGCUAAAACCAGCAUCACGACGACCAUGGGGACGACGACCACGGCUACUUUGGACCCUUGCCGCGGCCCUGGUGGACACUAUACUGACUGUCCCUGCCCACCAUGUGUGGAUGAUGUUCGUGAUCCCGACCGGUGUUGCCCAAGUUGCCCGAACGGUGCAAACUGUUACGCAAUGGGAACAAUCAUCCCGGCUGGGAGAGAUGUCCAUGUGAACGGUUACACCUGUCGCUGUCCCGACCUUGACACCUUGCCAGUUCCAUUCGGCAAAUGGUCAGCCAUUACUCGGAGGCCGAGGGGACUUCGGUAUAAUUCAGCAAUUUUUGGUGACUGCACUCGAUACUUGCAGGCUACCUGUACCCAGUAAGUGCAAGUGACAAGCUGUAGGUCUCUGCUAGGAGGCUAUUCCAUCAUUGUGGCAACUGGGCACAGGCUGAGAUGCUUUCCCUAUGACCACUGAACCAUUUCUUCUCCAA